AAUUUUGUUCGGUCAUUUCUGCAUAAAAAUAUUCGUUCUUGCAGACUGAUUAUUGGGCAUUUGUAUAUACAAUCGUCUUCUUCAGCUCCAUUUGCCACAGAACUGCUCUCUCUCUCUCUCUCUCUCUCUCUCUCUCUCAGAAUAACAAAUUCACAAGCUAAUUAAAACUGCUCUCUCUCUCUCUCAGAAUAACAAAUUCACAAGCUAAUUAAAACUGCUCUCUUUCUCUCAAGAACAAAUUUCGCUUUUACUCUGGUCACUGAAGCCGAAGAUGUUAGGAGAGUCGGUGCAGAGGAUUAGGCCUGAAGUGUUGUCAUGGGCAAGAUGUUAAAGUGCGGAGGAUUAGGCCUGCAGUGUUGUCAGUCCCCCCCGAAAGAAUCCCCAAAAUGUCCUUCCUCGAUGAAUUUCAAGCCAAUUUGGACUCUCUGCCCGGCAUUCUGCAAAAGAAAUAUGCCUUGUUGCGUGAUCUAGAUAAGAGUUUACAAGAUAUCCAAAGACAAAAUGAACACCGCUGUGAACGAGAAAUAGAGGAAAUCAGGAGAGGAGUUAGGUCUGGAAAUGUUACACCCAAUACUUCAUUUGUCAGAUUCUCAGAUGAUGCACUUGAUGAGCAAAAGCACAGCGUCAGGAUUGCGGACGAAAAGGUGGCCUUGGCUGUUCAGGCAUAUGAUUUGGUAGAUACACACAUUCAGCAACUUGAUCAAUAUUUGAAAAAAUUUGAUGAAGAUCUUCGACGCGAGAGAGAGGCUGCUGCUGCAAGUGCAGUGCCUGCUCCAAGUCUUGAUGGUAGCACAAAAGUUGGAAGAGGGAGUGAAGGUGGCAGAGGAGGGCGUAAGAAAACACGCCAAGCAACAGCAGCAGCGGCCGCAGCGGCAACUACAGCAUCAAAUCCUACUGGUAUGGAUUUAGAUCUACCAGUGGAUCCAAAUGAACCCACAUACUGUUUCUGUAAUCAAGUCAGCUAUGGGGAGAUGGUUGCUUGCGAUAAUCCCGAUUGCAAAAUAGAAUGGUUCCAUUUUGGUUGUGUUGGUCUAAAAGAACAACCAAAAGGAAAAUGGUAUUGUUCGGAUUGUGCUACAGUGAAAAGUCGUCGUAAAGGUAGAUGAAGCUGGAAAGCUGUUCAGGGCCCUCUGUAUUUCAGAUUUGUACGGCUGUAUUGUGAAAUAUAAUUUUAGUGGAUCUAUUAUGUAGAUUUAACUUCAUUUUUAAUUUGUCUCUGCAAUUGUUAAAAUUUUACUUUCAGAUUUAGUUAGAUGUAUCUUUUUCGUUUACUGGGAGAACUUAUGUGUGAGGACGAGGUAGAGGCUUUUUUGUGUUCAUUUUACAAACUUACUUAAUCCUUUAAACUACCGCUCCUUUUUGGAUAUCCAAAAAGAAAACAGAGAGGGUAUCUAAAAUUGUCUGUAUCAAUGCUUGUCUUAAAUUU